AUGAACGAGAAGCGCCCAGCCGCGGGUCAGAUAACUGGCCAGAGAACCACGGGCAUUCCAAAGCCCUCGUCCCGUCUCCCUUUGCCGAGAUCAAGCAUACCAAUGCCUUCUGCCUCUGCUGCUCCCCGUUCUAUACAACCAGCCGAAACCCCACGUGUCUCGACCCAAUCACUAGCCGCCAGUACCAUACGAAACCCUCGCUUACGCACGUCUUCUUCAAGGGAACAGCUCAAUACUUCAUCCAGCCUACGUCAGUCGCAGAGAUCGAACGCGCCUCCUGUCAGUUCCCAGUCCGCUCUUCGAAAUUCACGGACUAGGAGUCGGAGCACGUCACGCGGGUUGCAAACAAGCAGCUUGCAGACACACCAAGAGGCUGACCAUGUCCCUCCCACGAGGCCCUUGGUCCCCAGAAGACGCCCAUCUGUACAGUUCGUCCAGCCUGCUCAAGAGGUUUCGAUAGAGGAGGACAUUCCACCUACGCAGGAAGGCGAAGACGACCAAGCCACGGCACUUCCGCCAUUGCCCAAUUCUCCCGAGGAAGGCCUUACUUUCGAAGCCCUGUUAUCCCGACCGAAGAAAUCCCGGCUGUCACUCGCAGAGAGGACUAUCGAGACGCUGUCACAACUUCCUUCCUCCCCGGCCCCCAAGCGACGUGGUAGCAACAUGUUCGAUUCAGAUGGUUUCAGAAGGCCGCAGUCGAAAGGAAGCACAGAGUCACGGCCAGGAUCAAGUUAUCAGUCAGAUGGCCCGGGCUCGCGGGCAAGAUCGUUGAGCCGUCCUGGAUCGUCGUUGAACCGUCCUGGGUCGUCGUUAAGCCGGCCUGGAUCGAGCUCCGGCCCAUAUGACAGCCUCUAUAAUGACUUUAGGGCCUCUACAAACACCUACAAGCCGCCACUGACCACUGUUUAUGGCACCCCUUCCAGGGGAAUCUCGGGAGUUGGCUCCCUGACGACCCCUGUUGGCAAGUCCACACCAAAAUUCACACCACGAUCUACUUUGAGCAAGAUGCCAUCUUGGACUUCAUUAUCAGCUUCCGUUGGACCCGGUACACCGAGUCCAGAGAAGUAUGCUCAGGCCUUCUUGCCAAGGUAUGGUUCCAAAACAAUAGCUCCCCGGUCUUUGAAGCCGCGAGCCUCGAUGAACAGGCUCUUCAAGAAACCGUCCAUGCCAUCUCUCGAUAAACCGACAGCUGCCACCAAAGUCCCCGGCAGCCACCCACGCAAGGUUUCCCUUGCCUCUGCCAAGUCAUUCAGUACAUCUGGCGAAGGCCGAAACCUAUCAAGCGCCUCUACCGUGUCGACAACCCCAACCGUUGACUCGGUCGAUGACGCGCCCUCUUCUUCAAGUCUCAAGUCGUCUGCAGCACUGCGGGAGCAGAUAGCAAAAGCAAAGGCUUCAAAACGGGCCGUUAGCCGACAAGUAUCGGGGGCCACGGCGACAGAAGCUGAGGCUUCCGUUGUGCCCACUGAUAACACCUUUGAUUUCGGUUUGUCUGAUGAUCCGUUUGGUCAGCACAGUUUUGAAAGCUCAAACCGCAAAGUUAUGCAGUCUCGGAUCAACACGGCACGGACUACUGGCAGGCUGAACAUCGCUGCCAUGGGUCUGAAAGAGAUCCCCGAGGAUGUGCUGAAUAUGUAUGAUAUGGAAUCCAUCGGUCGAGCCAAUGGUUCCUGGGCCGAAAGUGUGGACUUGAGCCGCUUUGUGGCGGCGGAUAAUGAACUCGAGACAAUUGAUGAUGCGAUCUUCCCGGACAUCGACCCCAAUGAUUUUGAAGAGGAGGACGACAGAGGCCGGAUAUUCUUGGGUCUGGAGUCUGCAGACCUUCAUAAUAACAUGCUAAUCGCGCUACCCAUGGGGCUGAGACGUCUACAACAGCUCACCUUAUUGAAUUUGGCGUCAAACAAGCUGACAAAUAAUUGUCUUGAAGUUAUUUCGCAGUGCACUGCCUUGCGAGACCUCAAGCUAGGAAAUAACUUACUCUAUGGUGCGCUGGAGGAUUGUUUCGUGCUCGAAAAUCUGGAGAUACUCGAUGUCCACGGAAACAACCUCUCGGCGCUGCCUUCUGGAAUCGGUAACAUGAAGAGGCUUCGCAUUCUGAACCUCGACGAGAAUGCUUUUGAAUCGUUACCGUUUGACCAACUUUCAAAGUUGCCACUGACAGAGCUGCUGGUUCGGAAGAAUAAACUCAGCGGGACAUUGAUCGAGUCUGGAGUCCAGAGCCUUCCCCAACUUCAGCUGUUAGACUGCUCGAGUAAUCAGCUCACUUACCUAGUGUCUCCCGAUGUGGCCCAACCACUGAGCUUGCCUUCGUUGCACCAACUGACGGUAUCGAUGAAUCGGUUAAAGUCCCUCCCGGACAUGAGUUCCUGGACCAGUAUACUGACGAUCAAUGCCGAGGACAACAGCAUCGCUGCUUUACCAGAUGGCUUCACGACGUGUGAGACGCUCAGACACGCCGGAUUCUCCAGUAACGACAUCCGAACAAUACCUCCGGAUAUUGCCCACAUGGAUGGACUGGCAAUGCUACGACUCACUGGAAACCCUCUGCGAGACAAGAAGUUCACGUCACUUACUACCGAAGAGCUGAAGGAUGCUUUGGCGGCGAGGCUACAGCCCUUGCCAGCCCACGACAUAAAUGGCGCGGCAGAGCACUCGGGGAACGGGCCCAACCGUGCCAGAGCAGCCAGCUCUUCAGUGACUAAUUCCUUGGGGAGGAUCACCAAUUCAGUAGGUCUGGAGGAGGAUGGUGACGGUGAUGACGACGAUGGCCGUUCAGACUACGAUGACUUUGCCACGCCGCCAACCUCGGCUCCCCAGUCGCCGGCUCGAUCGCGGUCCCAGACGCUGUCAAGUCAAACGUGGCCCAUGAAACCGGGUGGUGUCCUUGAUCGAUCUAAUACGCAGUCGUCGUCGCUGCACCCAGUCGUUUGCUCCAAAAUUGCGGCUGCCCACACUGUGCGCGAAGUGCGGCUCCAACACAAUACGUUUACGCAGUUCCCGAAUUCACUGUCGUUCUUCGCCGACACGAUCACGUCGCUAUGCAUGUCGCACAACCAACUGACGGGAGAGAGCUGGUUGACGGAGCAGAUGGAUCUCACGGCGUUACGGGAGCUGCAUCUACAGUCCAACUUCUGCACGAGCCUGACGCCCCUGACGACGUAUCUGUGUGCGCCCAACCUAGAGAGACUUGAUGUGUCGUUCAACCGGAUCGUGCGGGUACCAGCUCUGCGAGACUUCUUCCCGAGCCUAACGGUCCUUCUGAUAUCUAAUAACCGGCUGGAGGAGCUCGACCCGGACUCGGUGCAGGGAAUGAAGAUUGUCGACGCCAGCAACAACGAAUUGGCACACCUCAACCCUCGACUUGGGCUGCAGAGCCUAGAGAGGUUGGACGUGAUGGGAAACCGCUUCCGAGUUCCUAGGUGGAACGUUCUUGAGCGUGGGACCGAGGCGACUCUUCGAUGGCUGAGAGGGCGUGUCCCCGUUGCCGAGAUGGCGGAAUGGCGAGCAAAGGCGGGCAGGGGUGAGUCGGAAUCAGCUGGCGAAGUCGACUAA